GUAUUUCAGUAUCCAUAAAUUGAUCAAAUUUUCAUUGGUAAAAAAAACCAAUUUAGUGCUGCAAUUCUUAAACUUUUCCAGCUUUUCCUUCAUAAUUAGACCUUAGCUUUACCUUCUACUUCGCUUGUAAAAUAAACGUAUAAAAAAAAAUCACAAAUUCGACUAAUUGAAUCGAACAAUUUUAUAUUGGAAUUGCGAGAGAUGUAAUAAAUUUUUUGUAAUAAUAUUAUGUUUUCACGCGAUUAAUUUGCAGUUAUCUCGAAUGCUUUCAAAUGUAUCCCAUUCAAAUUUGAACGUGUAGUGUUAGCUAUGGUAUAGUCUAUGGCAAGGGAAAUUUACUUCAAAACUUGUUUCUGUUCAAGUGCCAUUCACGAAAACGCAUGCAUAUAGCUGCUGCGAGUUGCACAUGCCAGAGUGAAUAGAGCGUUAAAUGAACAUAAUAAGACGAAUGAACUGAUAUAAACGAUCGUGCCGUCUUCGUUGACACGAUUCGCAACAAUUCAAUGAAACGGAGCCGUACAUCAAAAAAUAAUCCAUUUCAUUGCGCAAAAAUGUCCUCGGAAUCUUCCUUGAGUGAUGUGCCAACUGUCGUGUCAAAACUGCACAAUUUACGUUUAGGCCAAGAAGACGGCGACGAGCCUCAACAAAAUGUAAAUCUCGCCACGUCUGGCGAUUCCUCUCAAGAAUCUGUACGAAAUACUCAACCUAUCGGCAAUGUUAUCCUUUCACGUGCCAGGCGUGCCCUUAAUUUCGUUUGCGACGAAGAUCAACCAACUUCGUCGACAGCAAGAGCCGGAGAAUCCUCGUCUUCGAAUGUCGAUAAUAGGCCUCCGACGAAUGUAGCAAAUACGUUGCAUUUGGAAGGAAGAUCUCAAGAUACAGCUGCCUUGGAAAACACAUCUACGAAUGGUCAAGCAACAGUAGCUUACAAUUGGCAGGGUACAAAAGCAACGAUGCGCGAGAGAAUUGUUUUUCUGUUCAAUAAUGAAAUAUUGUCGGAUGUAAGCUUUAUAGUAGGAAGGGGAGCUCAGAAGCAGCGUAUACCAGCUCAUAAACUAGUCUUAUCCUCUGGAAGUGCUGUUUUCGAUGCAAUGUUUAAUGGAACACUUGCGACAGAUUCUUCAGAAAUAGAAGUACCUGAUGUAGAACCUGCUGCUUUCUUGGCAGUGCUUCUUUUUUUAUAUACAGAUGAAAUACAGAUAGAUCCUGAAACUGUGAUGACUACGUUAUAUACUGCAAAAAAAUAUGCAGUGUCUGCUUUAGAGAAGCACUGCGUAGAUUAUUUGAAAAAUAAUUUAACCAGUGAUAAUGCAUUCUUGCUUUUAACACAAGCUCGACUUUUCGACGAGCCACAAUUGGCUGCAGUAUGUUUAGAUACUAUUGAUAGAUUUACUACGGCAGCUUUAAAUGCUGAUGGAUUUACAGAUAUUGAUAUUGAUACGCUAAAAAUUGUUUUGGAAAGAGAUACUCUUCGUGUUAGAGAAUCUAAAAUAUUCCAAGCAGUUUUAAGAUGGUCAGAAGCAGAAUGCAUAAGACAUCGUCUGCCAGUUACACCUGAAAAUCAGCGAUUUGUUUUGGGUAGUGCUUUCUCAUUAAUUCGUUUUCCUUUAAUGUCAAAAGAAGAAUUUACCGCUGGCCCAGCACAAUCUGGACUUCUUAAUUAUUCAGAGGUUCUUUCUUUAUUUUCAUAUUUUAUAUUAAAUCCCAAACCAGUGGUAGGAUUUCAAACAAUGCGACGCUGUCGCAUGACUGGUAAGGAGCAAACUGUAUGUAGAUUUCAACAUACUAAAAGUAGAUGGGGAUAUCACGGGACAAGUGAUCGUAUAAGAUUUAGCGUCGAUAGACGCAUAUUUCUUAUUGGCUAUGGUGUCUAUGGUAGCAUGCACGGCCCGGCGAUAUACGAAGUACUAAUAGAAUUAAUACAUACUGCUUCUGGAAAAGUGAUUGCUACAAAUUCAACAAGUUUUAGCUGUGAUGGUUCAAAAUAUACUUAUCGUUUAAUGUUUAAAGAAUUAGCAGAAAUUUUACCAAAUACGAUUUAUACUGCAUCAGCAACAUUUAAGGGUCCUUAUUCUCAUUUUGGAACUAAGGGUUUAAAAACAGUCACGGUGGAUAGUGAUUCCGGGAAUGGAAAAGUUAAGUUUGAAUUUAGUACUGAAGCUGGAGAUAAUAAUGGAACAUCUACUGAUGAAGGACAAAUUCCUGAGCUUAUAUUUUAUACUUAAUAACUCAUGUACAUAAUAACGACAUUCCUUUUUAUCAGCUUCAUUGUUUUUCAACUCUUAUUACAUUAAAUUGUGUUGUAUAACAAAUGUUAUAUGUCAGUUUCUUUGUCAA